AUGCAGCUGAUUCCGAAGGAGCUCGACAAGCUCACUAUUGCGCACCUCGGGUUUUUGGCACAGCGUCGCCUGGCCCGUGGUGUCCGAUUGAACCAUGCUGAAGCAGUGGCCUUGAUUUCCUCCGUCCUGCACGAGCUUAUCCGUGAUGGCCAUUAUUCAGUUGCCGAUUUGAUGUCCAUCGGCAAGACUAUGCUGGGUCGUCGUCAUGUCUUACCGUCUGUUGUCGCGACCUUGGUGGAAUUGCAGGUCGAGGGUACUUUCCCGAGUGGGACCUACUUGGUGACCGUGCAUCAUCCCAUCAGUAGUGAUGAGGGUGAUCUCGAGCGUGCGCUAUACAGUAGCUUCCUGCCUGUUCCCUCGCACGAGGCUUUCCCCGAUCCCGAUCCAGAGGACUUCGUGCCCGAGAAGAUGCCCGGCGCCGUGAUCCCCUUGAAGAGUGCCCGUGUUGCGCUGAAUGACGGACGAAAGCGUAUUCGCCUCAAGGUGAUGAGCAAGGGUGACCGGCCGAUCCAGGUUGGAUCACACUACCAUUUCAUCGAGACGAAUCCACAAUUGCACUUUGAUCGCGCCCAGGCAUACGGAUACCGACUGGAUAUCGCUGCCGGCACUUCCAUUCGCUUCGAGCCUGGUGAUACCAAGACCGUCACUCUGGUAGAGAUCGGCGGCAAGAGGGUGAUUCGCGGAGGCAAUUGGCUGGCCAAUGGUCCCGUGGAUCUGAGUCGUACGGAUGAGAUCGUGACGAAGCUACAACUUGCAGGGUUUGGGCAUGUCCCCGAGCCAACUGCCGAUGCUGUUUUGACUACUGGGUUUUCCAUGGAGCGUGAAGCCUACUCUCGCAUGUUUGGACCGACUACUGGCGAUCUGGUGCGCUUGGGCCUGACCAACUUGUGGAUUGAAGUAGAAAGAGAUAUGACCCAUCACGGAGAUGAGUGUGCUUUUGGUGGAGGCAAGACUCUCCGUGAUGGAAUGGCGCAGGCAUCGGGUCGCUCUGCGGCUGAGUGUUUGGACACGGUCAUCACGAAUGCGCUGAUCAUUGAUUGGUCGGGUAUCUAUAAGGCAGAUAUUGGUAUCAAGGAUGGUCUCAUCUCUGGAAUUGGAAAGGCUGGAAAUCCGGAUACUAUGGAAGGUGUGCACCCGGAGAUGGUGGUGGGUGCUUCCACGGAUGUGAUUGCUGGUGAGAAUAAAAUUGUGACUGCGGGUGGUAUUGACACGCAUAUCCACUUGAUUUGCCCGCAACAGGUGGAUGAGGCUCUGGCUUCUGGUAUCACCACCUUCCUUGGCGGUGGUACUGGUCCUAGCACUGGCUCGAACGCGACGACCUGCACGCCUGGCCCGAACCAUCUGCGCCAGAUGAUGCAGGCUUGCGACAGUCUGCCGAUUAACAUUGGAAUCACUGGCAAGGGUAACGAUUGUGGACCCAUUAGUAUCGUGGAACAGAUCAAAGCAGGUGCAGCUGGUCUAAAGCUGCACGAGGAUUGGGGCUCCACCCCGGCUGCCAUUGACAACUGUCUGGGAGUCUGUGACGACUACGACGUUCAGUGUAUGAUCCACACUGAUACCUUGAAUGAGUCUGGCUUCGUUGAGCAGUCGAUCGAAGCUUUCAAGGGUCGUACGAUCCAUACAUAUCACACCGAAGGUGCUGGCGGUGGCCACGCACCUGACAUUAUCUCGGUCGUUGAACAUCCCAAUGUGCUUCCCAGCAGCACAAACCCGACUCGACCCUUCACUCUCAACACCCUCGAUGAACACUUGGAUAUGCUGAUGGUGUGCCAUCACCUUUCCAAGAACAUUCCCGAGGAUGUCGCUUUCGCCGAGAGCCGCAUCCGAGCAGAGACCAUCGCCGCCGAGGACGUUCUUCAUGACCUUGGUGCUAUCAGUAUGAUGUCCUCUGACUCGCAAGCCAUGGGCCGCUGCGGAGAAGUCAUCCUACGUACCUGGCACACUGCGCACAAAAACAAGGAGCAGCGUGGCCAAUUGGCCGAGGACCAAGGCACCAAGAACGACAACUUCCGCGUGAAGCGCUAUAUAAGCAAGUAUACCAUCAACCCGGCCUUGACGCAGGGUAUGGGACACCUCAUUGGCAGUGUUGAGGUUGGCAAAAUUGCCGAUCUCGUUCUUUGGAAACCCAGUUCCUUCGGUACCAAGCCUGUUCAGGUUCUGAAGAGCGGUAUGAUUGCCGUUGCAGAGAUGGGUGACCCCAAUGCUUCCAUCCCAACUAUCGAGCCGAUGGUUAUGCGACCAAUGUUCGCUGCUCGCGUCCCGAGCACAUCAAUCAUGUGGGUUUCGCAAGCCUCCAUCGACGAGGGCAUUGUUCAAACCUACGGCCUGCGCAAACGCAUUGAAGCCGUCAAGAACUGCCGCACGGUCGGCAAGAAGGACAUGAAGUUCAACAAUACAAUGCCGAAGAUGAAGGUCGACCCCGAGAGCUACACCGUCGAAGCAGACGGCAUGCUGUGCGACGCUGAGCCCGCAAGCGAGUUGCCACUAACGCAGGCCUACUACAUCUUCUAG